UCUGUGGAAAAGAAAAAAGAGAAAAAAUGAAGUACAUAUUCUUAAUAUUUUUCAUGAGUUUAUUACCACAGUAUGCUGGGAAAUCUUUAAGAAGAGAUGACAGUUACCCAAAAACUUUUGAAGACAUCAAAAAUGAGAUAGCUGGCUAUACCGGUAUUGCUAAAGCUAUUAUCGAUCUUGCUGUUCAUGGAAAAGCUCAGAACAGAUCCUAUGAAAGAUUAGCAGUUUUUGCCGAUACCAUAGGACCUAGACUCAGUGGUUCAAAAAAUCUAGAUGCAGCUAUCAAGUAUAUUUUCAGUGCCCUGCAGGAAGAUGGGCUGGAAAAUGUGCAUCUGGAGCCUGUGAAAGUACCACACUGGGAAAGAGGAGAAGAGUUUGCAAUGAUGCUGGAACCAAGGAAUCACAGCAUUGCUAUUUUGGGACUUGGGAACAGUGUUGCAACGCCUCCAGAAGGAAUUACGGCAGAAGUCAUAGUGGUAGCCUCUUUUGAUGAACUGCACAAAAGAGCUCAGGAGGCCAAGGGGAAGAUUGUUGUCUACAACGAACCUUUCAUCAGUUAUGGCGAAACUGUGCGAUACAGAUCGCGGGGAGCAGUGGAAGCUGCUAAAGUUGGAGCAGUGGCAUCCCUCAUAAGAUCCAUUGCUUCUUUUUCGAUUCAUAGCCCACAUACUGGGUGGCAGAAUUACCAGCCUGAUGUGCCCCGGAUUCCCACUGCUUGCAUCUCUGUGGAAGAUGCUGAAAUGAUGUCACGAAUGUCUUUUCGGGGCACUAAGAUCGUUGUGCACCUGAAGAUGGGGGCUAAGACCUAUCCAGACUCUCCUUCCUUUAACACCGUGGCAGAGAUAGUUGGAAGCAAGUACCCAGAGCAG